UAAGCAAAUAAAAAGAUGGAAAAUAAACAUAAAUCCAGUGUCCAUUUUGUCUUCAACUCACUGCCCCCAAUUAUUUCCUUUUCCAGAUUUCUAGAGUUAAUUCAGGAGAAGUUCCAGGAUGUGACUUUGUCCCCUGGAUGGAUGGUGGCCUAUUCUCCCCCACUUUUCACUCAAACCUACACCAGACUCAUGGUGGAAGACAUGUAUGACAUGAUCAAAGAUGUCCCCCAAAAGGUGACGUUUCCAGUCCAUGCCCUGUUGGUUCAGAGAGGCUGGCAGCACAUCAGCUGGCUGCUUAGUCAGUCUCCACGGUUCAGUCUGACGUUGUGGCAGGGUUCAAUUCACCCAAACAUCAGUGACCUGCUGUUUGUUCGAGACAACUCCUACCCUGCCAGAGUCUACUACGACAUCUAUGAACCGACGCUGUCUGAAUUCAAACAGGCCGCAAGGCAGCAGGGUCGGGUCAGGAGAUUCUAUCCUGGAGGAGACCUGAUGGACUUCCUCUUUCCUGCUCACACCUCAGACCUCCACUUCAUGUCAACAGUCACACAACACAACAGUGAGGAGGUCCGCUGGUUUACAGUCAGAGAUUUGCCUUCCUUGAUGGUCCAGCUUACAGGUGCUGCUGCUGGUAUGUUGGUAGUUCAGGUGUCUUCUGACAGUGAACCAGCUGGAGUCCCUUUGGUGGAAGGUUCUGGAGAGAGCUCCCUCACACUGCAGGACGUCCUGUUGCUACUCGGGCAGAGAGCUGAGGCACCCUGGGGUGUUCACCUGCGGAUCUGCACUCAGCAGCUUCUGGAGGCUUCUCUCAAACUGUUGCAUUCCGCCUACAGCAGAGAGGAGCUCUACAGGCCAGUCUGGAUCAGCAUGGAGGGGGUACAGAGCAACACACAGGACAAGGAAAAGUGGAGAGGACUUACAGAGUUUGUAUCCACUGUGGAGAGGCUGUUUCCCUACGUCACCCUCGUCCAUCAGGAGCAGAACUGGCCCCCUCAGGUCCCAGCGACACUGAGCACCGUGUCUCAGAGGGUGGCUGUACAUCUGAACACACUGCCACACGGACGGGAGGGACUUAACUCUCUGAAGAAAAUGAUGGACAGAUAUGACCUCAUUUUAGAGGAGGACACAAAACACCCUGCUGGAGCUUUUAGAGACUUCAAAAGACUGAAGACGGAGCAGAGAGGGGGAAGAAACACAAACCUGUACAUGAUAUCUGACCCCUCCUGACUGAGCAACCCAAAACUACAACACUCAAAGAGGAACAUGUCCCUAUCUUUUAUAUACAAUCACUCAGGUACCUUCUGUUGAUCAUUCUGUCAUUUAAGAUGCAAAAAGUUUUAAUUAAUGUUGUUUAUCUUCUUUAGUUUGUUUCCUUUGCUUGUCUUUCUUUCUUAUUCUUUGCUGUUGUUGAACUCAACAGCCAUCUUCUCUCUGUAUGACCCUGUCACAUUUUAAUUCAUGUUCAAUUGCUUUGCACAAUACAAAAUAAACUUUCAAGGUCUGGACUGGAGGUUUGGAGUUGUCUGGAAAUUGGGUUGAUUAUUUAACUUUAAAAAAUCAUCUCCAGGUUUUCUCUUUCGAUGUUUGACCAAGUGGCGUCCUCCGGUGUUGAAAAAUGAAGCUAGAUCUGCUGUCAUUUGUUCUUCUACUCAUUGUAUCAUUGUGUCUGUGAUGUGUCUUAGUGACUCUCUUUUGUUGUCACUUUUUCUCCUGUCAUGAUAUAUAAAUUUAAAAAAAGAAAAUAAAAAAAUCCUGCAGUUC